AUGACACCAGUCGUGUAUGCAUUUCUCCCAGGAAAGAGCAAAGCUAUCUACAGAAGAUUUUUCCAGCUACUAAAAGACAAGAUGGCUGAACUCAACUUAAGAUUUUCUCCAACCAGUGCCCUCGCCGACUUUGAGACUGCAGUCCAAAACUCAAUUAGAGAGGUCAUUCCAGAUACUACAACCAAGGGAUACUUCUUCCACUAUACACAGAGCAUAUGGAGAAGAGCACAAGCAACAGGCCUACAGAUCCUCUACAAAGACAACGACGCAGUGAAGACCUUAGUGAGACGCGCAGCAAUCCUACCACUUGUGCCAUUGGAAGACAUUGAAGACGUCUGGUUCCAGGCCUUAGAAAAUCGAGAUGACGCAGACCUUACCCAGCAGACACAGACCUUCACAGACUAUGUAACAGAGCAGUGGAUAGAAGGAGACCGUCAGCUUUGGAACCAUUUCCAUACCGAAGGACCCCGUGCCACCAACAGUGUAAAAGGAUGGCACAGCAAAAUAAAGAAGAUGACACAGCACGCCCAUCCAAAUAUAUAUUCUGCGAUCCAGAUGUUCAAAGAUAUACAAAAUGCCAAUGAAAUCAACAGAAUCCAGGGAGCAGCCGGAGGAACCAUGCGACCACGUCCCAAGAAAUAUAUGAAUAUUGACCGACGCCUAUCGACACUGAAGGAAAGAUACCAUCGACCUGAUGACAUAUGUAGAUUCUGCAUCCCAACUCAUCCAUCUCGGAUAACUGUUCCAGUCAUAUUGAAAUAUGUUGAAUAG